GUGGGAUGGACAGUCAGGUUUCGCGUGGCGGUGCAGCAGCAUUCGAGGACGAGGCUGAAGCAGUGCACGCAGGCCGGCCUCGCUAUACUAUGACAGAACAGCGCAGGCCAAAGCACGACAUACGGUCGCAGAACAGCCACGGCUCUAAGCAAUGGCUGUCCUGGAAACCGCAGGCUACGCCACACAGAAGCUUUGGCUGAAGAGCUCGAGCCUGAGGACGUGUUCUAAAUGCAGUGACAAACUGGACACAGCCUUCUCGCCGCUCAACGAUAAAAAGAAUGCCGGCGAGCGGUACUAGCCCAUCACCUCUUCUGCAUCCACUCCACAGAGCCAAGAACACUUGCCCUCGAUCCCGAGUCCACCUUGCAGGCCAUGAUAGGCAUCUUUUUGCCGCAUCCGAGUCUAGGGUCUGGUAGCGUCGACACCUGCUUUCAACAACCACACCCGGACAAUGAAGACGCACAUACCUGCUCGAGUCGUGCGAGACUGGAUCGACGGACACGCUCGUCGAAGGAGCGAUCGGCAACCGGUCCAAUGCAGCGACCCUCAAAGUGGACGAGCCUAUCGAAUGCGUUCCUCCAGAAAUGGCCCAACCUCCACUUCACAGCGCCACAAAUACCAAGCGUGCACAGCAAGAAGGCCAUGACACUCCUCGUCGACUACACGCUGCAGUGUAUCUUCUAUGCUGCAGUGUUCGCUGCGUACGCUGGCGCAUCGACAUUCUUAGGUCUGGUCCCGUUGGCAUUCAUCCCUGAAGAGCCGUACGCGGGCGACGCCAACGUGAUCUUCCUGGGUGCCCUCGGCGGAUCCAUCCUCUCGGUCGGGUUCACCACUGUCCACUGGGGAUUCUAUCGGCUAGAGGAGUUAUACGAGCUGCUUACGGCAUAUACCAGGAGCCAAGCCGACGAUACCGAUGGCAGCACGAGACGGAGACGAAUGACCCCCCACCACCGGAGCUCGCCUGCCGCUACGGAUCCACAGUCUUCUUCCACAGCGUCGUGGCAGGCCUGCUCACGUCCGGGCUGCUCGGACCUGUAG